CGAGAGAGAGAGAGAGAGAGAGAGAGAGAAGGGGAGGGUAAAACAGCCUCAUAAAUCAUUGAUUUGCUUGCUUUAUACUCAGCAUCUUCCUAAAAGUUGUCUCACAGGGUGAGCGCUCGUUCUUCACGGCUAACUGGACAUGUGCACACUGACACAGUGAAAAGUGAAGUACAAGGUGACAAGAUUGUGGAGUAGGCUACAAAAUUGCAAAUACUGUCCCAUUUGGUUUACACAGAAAGCAAUAAAUGGAUCCAAUUGUUGAAGUGGUGGCCCUGUUGCUCGGGUUUUUGGGCUGGAUUAUGGUAGGGAUCACCCUACCGAACCGCUACUGGAAAACCUCCACCGUGGAUGGGAAUGUUAUCACCACCUCCACUCUGUAUGAGAACCUGUGGAUGUCAUGCGCUACUGACUCGACCGGAGUGCACAACUGCCGAGAGUUCCCCUCACUGCUCGCCCUCUCUGGUUAUCUUCAGGCAUCAAGGGCUCUUAUGAUCACUGCUGUGGUUUGCGGGACAUUUGGGCUGGUUGCCACCCUCAUAGGCAUGCAGUGCUGCAAAGCAGCUGAGGACAACCCAGUUCUUAAAGGAAAGCUUGCUGGAACUGGAGGUGUCUUCUUCAUCCUACAAGGCUUGUGCACAAUGAUAUCUGUGUCCUGGUAUGCAUUCAACAUCACCCAGGAAUUCUUCAAUCCAAUUUACCCAGGCACAAAGUAUGAGAUAGGAGAGGGAUUGUAUAUUGGAUGGUGCUCUGGGACUCUUGCCAUCUGUGCAGGAGCAUGUCUGUUAUUUUCCUGCAAAACUCAGACAGAUGACAAACCCGCAUAUACAUAUCAACCCUCCAGAGGAACCAUAUACUCUACAGGAGCAGCAUCAAGAAGAGAUGCUCAAAGCACUUAUGACAAGAAUGCAUAUGUCUGAUAAACCAUCAAACAGCCAACCAGACCAGUGCAGGUCAACUCCAUGUAUAAAAAAUAAUAAAGACCCAGAGUGUAUUCAUGUCCAUUUAUCCAGAGUGCUAAUAUGUAAAUAUGUAGACUUGUACAAGACUUGGAAGCAUUGUAUGUUAGAUGGAAUCAAAUUGUGAAGCCGCAUUUUUUUUGCAUGCCGAUUUUGUGCCAAUACUUGAAGCAACACAACUUAGUGAAUAUCUGAGUUAUUUUUAAACCUGUGUUUUGUUUGGUUUUUUAAAUAAAUCUGUUAUACAGAAAUGCCUUGAAAUUAUCCUACUUUUAUACAGAAUUUGUAAUAUUUUAAAUUACGCAUUCAUUUGUUUUUUAAUAAUGUACAGGAAUGUUGAUGCUAUAUUUCACAAAAUAGAUGAAUCAUCUUGCUGGAUUAUGUGUGAUAUGUAUAAUUCCCUGGCACAUCCGAAAGAAAGGCAUAUAAUUCUUUUUUAUUGCUAUAAUAAGUG